CAUAUAAUCAACCUACAAUCACACUAACCAAUACAACAUAAUCACAGCAGCAAUGGGUGUAUCCGAUUUCAUGAACAAAAUAGUGCCCGGAAAGUCCAAUGAGCCCAACUAUUCAAUUCUAAGAGGCGACGACGCUUCCUCAUCGUUACCUCUACCUGUUCCUAAUAACUCCAGCUCUGAUUCCAACACUUUUUCUCAAAAGUUCAAAAGGCUAAAUCCAUUUCAAAAUGGUUCAGUAAGACUUCCUGCUGUCACUGACUCCCAAAGAUUACGAAGAGAGGAAAGAGAAAUCGAUAACUCAAUAAGCGAUGACCCCGGCUUAUUGAAUCUCUCUAAAUGGGACAGAAUGCUAAUAUUUGCAUUAUUUUUUGCUGGAUCAAUUAUAUGUUUUCUUAUAUGUUUUUUCUUGUUUCCUGUCUUGUCAUUAAAACCCAGAAAAUUUGCUACAUUAUGGUCUUUGGGUUCAAUUUUUUUCGUGGUGAGUUUUAUCUUUCUACAAGGUUUUAAAAAUUACUUUACACAUUUGUUUUCAAAGGAAAGAAUAUAUUUCACAUUAUUUUUCUUUUCCAGUAUUUUUUUAACACUAGUUUCCAGUUUGUAUUUCAAGAGUAUUAUAUUGUCAAUAAUUUUCUGUAUAGUUCAGUUGAUUUCAGUGAUUUGGUAUACUGUUAGUUAUUUUCCAAUGGGGAAACAAACACUAAGAUUAGCUUCUAAUGUUGCGUAUCAUCAAGCCGAAAGUUGGAUCAAUUCUUAAAAUUGCAUUUAAAAAGUUUAUAUAAUAGUAAUUUUAAUAAAUAUUGUGAGUCAAAAACAUAACGAUACUACUAAUAAGUAUAUUUAAGCCAAAAAAAUACAACAGAGUUGAGAAAAGUAUACAAUAAAAUAAAGUAAAAUCAAAUAAAUUUAAAUUAAAUUGGAUUCGAAAAAAAUAUGAAAUUAAGGGAUUUUCUAAUUAUGAGUCAAUUAGAGGGCUUAAAAUUGAAUAAAAUGCCAUUUAAUCAUGUUUCAAAAAUAAAAAUAACAGUAGAAUAAAUAAAAUAAAAUAAA